AUGCUUGAUGCUGACGCCGAAGAAAGCUCCGACACCCAUGGCAAGGAAGUCACGGACCAGGAAGCUUCUGGGCCACCUGUCUCCCCGUCUUCUUCCGCGGAGUCUUAUGAUCCCGAAUCGCAGGAUGUCUCCGUCCCCGACAUUCCCGAACCCAAGAAGAAUGGACACCUGCUGCCACGCCCAGACGGGCCCUCCGGCGGAAACAAGGGUCUUGAUGAGACUCGAAUGUGUGGAAUAUGCGGAAGCGCCAGUCACUUCACCCACAACUGUGACAAUGACGAUGCAAAACUCGAUGCGCGUGGAAAUUGCUUCCGCUGUGGCCAACCUGGUCACACUAAGAAUUCCUGUCGUGCUGAGCGUUGCCUUGAGUGCGGGCAAUGUGGGCAUCGGGCCAUGAAUUGCACAGCGGAGAAAACUCUCUCCAAAUUCCAGAAGGCCCGCGUUGAAAGAGAUGAAUACAACCUCCAACAGCGUCAACAAGCCUUCUCGGAACGCCAGCGAGAACGUCAAUUGGGAACUCACGACCGAAAGGUUCCUACUGUUCAAGCCACCACCUCUAACUCUUCCAAGAAGCCUGUCGACGACUCUGCCAAAAGGAAACGCGGCGACUCAGCGUCCGGGGCGCCACAAGCACAGCGCCCUCGGACAGGACCACCUAACACCUCAAACAAUGGCCCCAAGGGCCCACGGGGUCACCCUGGUCUUUCUGGCCAUCCCGGUCUCUCCGGUCUCUCUGGGCCCCCUCGCGGUCCGCCCCGUGGUCCAGGCAACUCGAGAGUCGCGGGUCACCCUGGUCUCUCAGGACCUCCAAUCGUUGCCCCCAAGCCGAGAGGUGGUUCCGGGAAUAAUAACCCCAAUGCCCCAGGAGGCCCGGUGGAUGAUCUUCCAGGAGGUCUGAUCAAACCUUCUCGCGAUGGGCCGGCCUAUCCUAUUGAUAGCAACCCACCGAAGAUCCCCAAACCCAAUGUAAGCGCGGUUAAUCUUUCCCUCCCUUUGUGA